AUGAAAGUUUUUGCAUUCCUGGCUCCAUUUGCCUUCGCUGCCACCGAAGAGGAAAUCGCUCAAGCUGUCAGAAAGAUCGGCCGACUUCAAGGCCACAUUAACACUUUCCUCGGUCUUGAGGCUUCUCAAGCUGGUACUGUCGAACAGACAGCUAAGCUCGCUCUCAAGAAUCAGAAGAUCUGGGAUUACUACAACCGAUUCGACCUCGCCGCUUGUUACGGCGAUGGAGCUGGUGACGCCGAAGACGAGGACGAAUUCGAGCGAAACGGCGGUCGAUUCGACUUUAACAACCCAUGCAAGUUCAUCAACGAACAGCUCGCCCCAGCCGUCAAGAGAACCUUCAAGGGAAACACUUGCCAAUCUGCCUGGAAGAACAAGAAGACUGACGAAAACGGCAACCCCGUCAACGACACCAAGGGAAUGCGAUCUCUCAGCACAAUCGAACGAAAAGGAAACGGUCUUGCUCGAGUCUUGCGCAAAGUCUACAAAUGCGAAAAGCCAUCCGAAUAA